ACCUCCCUCUGACUUGCCGGGAGAAGCCAGACGGAGCCUCUCUCAGCCACAAGUCUCUCCGCCUGCUAUCCCCCUUUCCUGCAGCCACCCCCACCCCCUCCCCGGUGCCGUCACCCCUUCUCCGCCCCCGCCUCCUCCCCCGCCUUCUCCACGGCUAUCGGGAGAAUAAAUCAGGGAGGAAACGGGGAGGGAGCGAGAGCGCGCGAGCGCUGGCGGGCUCGCCCAGGUCUGUUUCCAAAGUCGCCCUUGAUGGCGGCGGAGGCCAGGCAGCCGCGGUGGGGAACAGCCGACGCACGCUAGCGGGUCCGCCCGCCACCAUCCCUUCCCCUGCGCGGGGCUUGGCCCCUGCUUCUCCCCCUCCUCCCCUCCACGUGAGCCCGCGCCCAGGCUCCCGGCUGCCGGCUCCGGCCCAGGCGUGCCAGCCCUCAGACGUCUGUGGUCCGGGCGGACCGUGCUCCUUCUCCUCCUUCGGCGGUUUCUAGCACUGGUUCUUCCCCUGGCUGGGGAGGGAGGCUAGAUUGAUCUUCGAUCGCGAAGAUGGCUGCUGGCUGCCUGCUGGCCUUGACUCUGACACUUUUCCAAUCUUUGCUGAUCGGUCCCUCAUCGCAGGAGCCGUUCCCGUCGGCCGUCACUAUCAAGUCAUGGGUGGAUAAAAUGCAAGAAGACCUUGUCACCCUGGCAAAAACAGCAAGUGGAGUCAAUCAGCUUGUCGAUAUUUAUGAAAAAUACCAAGAUUUGUAUACUGUGGAACCAAAUAAUGCACGCCAGCUGGUGGAAAUUGCAGCCAGGGAUAUUGAGAAACUUCUGAGCAACAGAUCUAAAGCCCUGGUGCGCCUAGCUUUGGAAGCAGAGAAGGUUCAAGCAGCCCACCAGUGGAGAGAGGAUUUUGCAAGCAAUGAAGUUGUCUACUACAAUGCAAAGGAUGAUCUCGAUCCUGAAAAAAAUGACAGUGAGCCAGGCAGCCAGAGGAUAAAACCUGUUUUUAUUGAUGAUGCUAAUUUUGGGCGACAGAUAUCUUAUCAGCAUGCAGCAGUCCAUAUUCCCACCGACAUCUAUGAGGGCUCAACAAUUGUGUUAAAUGAACUGAACUGGACAAGUGCCUUAGAUGAAGUUUUCAAGAAAAAUCGAGAGGAAGAUCCCUCAUUAUUGUGGCAGGUGUUUGGCAGUGCCACAGGCCUGGCCCGGUAUUAUCCAGCUUCUCCAUGGGUUGAUAACAGUAGAACUCCAAACAAGAUUGACCUUUAUGAUGUACGAAGGAGACCAUGGUACAUCCAAGGAGCUGCAUCUCCUAAAGAUAUGCUUAUUCUGGUCGACGUGAGUGGAAGUGUUAGUGGUUUGACGCUUAAACUGAUCCGAACAUCUGUCUCUGAAAUGUUGGAAACCCUCUCAGAUGACGAUUUUGUGAAUGUAGCUUCAUUUAACAGCAAUGCCCAGGAUGUAAGCUGUUUUCAACACCUUGUCCAAGCAAAUGUAAGAAAUAAGAAAGUGCUGAAAGAUGCAGUUAAUAAUAUCACAGCAAAAGGAAUCACAGAUUACAAGAAGGGCUUUAGUUUUGCUUUUGAACAACUGCUUAAUUAUAACGUUUCUAGAGCCAACUGCAAUAAGAUUAUCAUGUUGUUCACCGAUGGAGGAGAAGAGAGAGCUCAGGAGAUAUUUGCCAAAUACAACAAAGACAAAAAAGUACGUGUAUUCACAUUUUCAGUUGGUCAACAUAAUUAUGACAGAGGACCUAUUCAGUGGAUGGCCUGUGAAAAUAAAGGUUAUUAUUAUGAAAUUCCUUCCAUUGGAGCAAUCAGAAUCAAUACUCAGGAAUAUUUGGAUGUUCUGGGAAGACCAAUGGUUUUAGCAGGAGACAAAGCUAAGCAAGUCCAGUGGACAAACGUGUACCUGGAUGCACUGGAACUGGGACUUGUCAUUACUGGAACUCUUCCGGUCUUCAACAUAACCGGCCAAAAUGAAAAUAAGACGAACUUAAAGAACCAGCUGAUUCUUGGUGUGAUGGGAGUUGAUGUAUCUUUGGAAGAUAUUAAAAGACUGACACCACGUUUUACACUGUGCCCCAAUGGCUAUUACUUUGCAAUUGAUCCUAAUGGCUAUGUUUUAUUACAUCCAAAUCUUCAGCCAAAGCCUAUUGGUGUAGGUAUACCAACAAUUAAUUUAAGAAAAAGGAGACCCAAUGUUCAGAACCCCAAAUCUCAGGAGCCAGUAACCUUGGAUUUCCUUGAUGCAGAAUUAGAGAAUGAUAUUAAAGUGGAGAUCCGAAAUAAAAUGAUAGAUGGAGAAAGUGGAGAAAAAACAUUCAGAACUCUGGUUAAAUCUCAAGAUGAGAGAUAUAUUGACAAAGGAAACAGGACAUAUACAUGGACUCCUGUCAAUGGCACAGAUUACAGUUUGGCCUUGGUAUUACCAACCUACAGUUUUUACUAUAUAAAAGCCAAAAUAGAAGAGACAAUAACUCAGGCCAGAUAUUCAGAAACACUGAAGCCUGAUAAUUUUGAAGAAUCUGGCUAUACAUUCAUAGCACCAAGAGACUACUGCAAUGACCUUAAAAUAUCAGAUAAUAAUACCGAAUUUCUUUUAAACUUUAAUGAGUUUAUUGAUAGAAAAACUCCAAACAACCCGUCAUGCAACACAGAUUUGAUUAAUAGAGUCUUGCUGGAUGCGGGCUUUACAAAUGAACUUGUCCAAAAUUACUGGAGUAAGCAGAAAAACAUCAAGGGAGUGAAAGCACGGUUUGUUGUAACUGAUGGAGGGAUUACCAGAGUUUAUCCCAAAGAGGCUGGAGAAAAUUGGCAAGAAAACCCAGAAACAUAUGAGGACAGCUUCUAUAAAAGAAGUCUAGAUAACGAUAACUAUGUUUUCACUGCUCCCUACUUUAACAAAAGUGGACCUGGUGCUUAUGAAUCAGGCAUCAUGGUAAGCAAAGCUGUAGAAAUAUACAUCCAAGGAAAACUUCUUAAACCUGCAGUUGUUGGAAUUAAAAUUGAUGUAAAUUCCUGGAUAGAGAAUUUCACCAAAACAUCAAUCAGGGAUCCGUGUGCUGGUCCAGUUUGUGAUUGUAAAAGAAACAGUGAUGUAAUGGAUUGUGUGAUUCUAGAUGAUGGUGGGUUUCUUUUGAUGGCAAAUCAUGAUGAUUAUACUAACCAGAUUGGAAGGUUUUUUGGAGAGAUUGACCCAAGUUUGAUGAGACACCUGGUUAAUAUAUCAGUUUAUGCUUUUAACAAAUCUUACGAUUAUCAGUCAGUGUGUGAGCCUGGUGCUGCACCAAAACAAGGAGCAGGACAUCGCUCAGCAUAUGUGCCAUCAAUAGCAGACAUCUUACACAUUGGCUGGUGGGCCACUGCAGCUGCAUGGUCUAUUCUACAGCAGUUUCUCUUGAGUUUGACCUUUCCACGACUUCUUGAAGCAGUUGAGAUGGAAGAUGAUGACUUUACCGCCUCUCUGUCAAAGCAGAGUUGCAUUACUGAACAAACCCAGUAUUUCUUUGAUAAUGAUAGCAAAUCCUUCAGUGGGGUCUUGGACUGUGGUAACUGUUCCAGAAUCUUUCACGUUGAAAAACUUAUGAACACCAACUUAAUAUUCAUAAUGGUUGAGAGCAAAGGGACUUGUCCUUGUGACACACGAUUGCUCAUACAAGCUGAGCAGACUUCUGACGGUCCAGAUCCUUGUGAUAUGGUUAAGCAACCCAGAUACCGAAAAGGGCCUGAUGUCUGUUUUGAUAACAAUGCCUUGGAGGAUUAUACCGACUGUGGUGGUGUUUCUGGAUUAAAUCCCUCCCUGUGGUCCAUCUUCGGAAUCCAGUGUGUUUUACUUUGGCUUUUAUCUGGCAGCAGACACUACCAGUUAUGACCCUUCUAAAACCAAAUCUGCAUAUUAAACUUCAGACCCUGCCAGAAUAGGAGCCCUCAAUUGCAUUAAAAUAGGGUAAACUGCAGAAUCAGCAGAACUCUAGCUGGGCCCAUCCCAUGGCAUCAAUCUCAGACUCAUAAGGCACCCACUGGCUGCAUGUCAGGGUGUCAGAUCCUGAAACUUGUGUGAAUGCUGCAUCAUCUAUGUAUAACAUCAGAGCAAAAUUCUAUACCUAUUCUAUUGGAAAAUUUGAGAAUUUGUUGUUGCAUUGUUGGUGAUUACAUGUAAAAGGGCUCCCCACACAGUUGUGUAUGAAUCACGCAAAUUGUCUUGAUUUUGACUUGCUGCAAUCCUUGUCCUUUUACCAAGAAAAUCUCUAGAGGGAAAAAAAAAGUCUUUUUUUUCCUUCACUAAUUCUGCUACAAAUUAUUUCCUGCUUGGAGUAGUUAUUAUUAAAAAAUAUAUAUAUAGAGAGAGAGAGAGAGAAUUAACAUUGGUGUAAUCUGUCAAAAUAGAAAUAAUGGCUUAUUUUCUACAAAAAAAAAAAUUGCCCUGAAUAAAAUGCCUUAUGAAGAAUGGCUUCUUUGCCAAAAAUAUAACACAAAUGAUGACCAAGUUUUGGUGGGGUAGUUAAUUGGUUGUUUGAAAAUAAUAACUAAGAAAUUAAACUAAAGGUGCUUGAGGGUAAAAUUAAUAUGCGACAUAUGUCCUCAUAAAUGUGAGCCCUUAAUAAAUGCUUCGAUGUAAUGUUCUUUUUGUUCACAGUAAAGUUCUGUAGUGCUAGCCAGAUAUUUCAAAAUGCUCUAAGAAAAGCUUGUUGGGGGGAGGGAAAAUGUUUUUUCUUGUGAUAAAUGAACUUUGGUUACCAAGGGUAUUUUGCAUGAUGCUGCUGCUAUUUUAACUUUCAGUUUGUUUUUCUCUUACUGUAGAGUAUAGUCCAUUGAAAAGUUAACUGAGUGACAUUAUUGUUAUGUGAGAAUCUGAACCUUGCAGUGUAAUGCACUUAAGUCAUCUUUUAAAAUGUCAUUAAACUACUCUGAAUAUACUGUGCAAUGUAAAUGCUGAAUGAUUGGAUCAGGUAAAUGGUAAAAUGGGAAUUAAUGGAUUUUAUACAGAUUCGUGCUUUUGCCUGAAAACCUAUGUACAGAUAUUUUAAGUACAUAAAUCAGAUUUGACACAUUUAUUUUUUGAAGAGUACAUAUAUGUUCUCAAUGAAGAUUCAUCCUAGGUUUCCUCUUUGUUCCUUUGAAUAGUAGCACAUACAACUCCAGAUUUUCUGCUGCUGCUGCCGCUUUUGUUCCCUCCGUUUGAAAUGGUGUGAUCAUUUGACCAAAAUUUCCAUCCAGUUAGAUGAGGGUUUUACAAUAAUCUGAACAAAUAGGAAACCUUGAAUCUAUAUGUAUGCACAUGAAUACUUGAUUGUGAAUAAUCAAAAUUGUUUUUAUACAGCCUCAUUAGUGAAAACCGUUAGUGUAGUAAAUCGGGUAUUUCAUUAUAGAGUAAUAUGGUUGCAGAGUUUAUUUAUGCUUUUAAAAAUUAUUUUCGGGAGUAAACAGUAUUUGAAGAAAGGGUAAAAACAAUGAAUGUGUAACUAAUUAUAGUGAAUAAUUCUGCCGAAGGUGGGAAGUAUGCAGAUAUUUUUAAUGGUAAAAUGCAUUUGUUCUGUUUUUGAACAUGCCAAAUAUUGGUGUGUGUCUACGCUGGAAAUUUUCUUAUAUACCAUUUUUAAGUAAAAAUCUUAUUAACAUGAUCCAGCAUGCUUUAAUAUGCUUCAUAUAUCAAAGAUAAUGGCAAAUUCUUUAGCAUAGUUCAAAAGAUAUAUUUGUUUUGUUUUUAGCUUUGCAUACAUUUGUAAUUCCCCACCACCACCAAUAUCCCUAGGUACCAUUUGUGUACAUUUCCUUAUUUAAAAUAUUUUUUUAUUUAAAAAUGGAGGGGGGGAAUAUGGAAUCACUUUGCCAACUAUUGUUCUAAGAGUUGACAUCAGUUACCGUUUCUAACGCCUUGUGAUUUUGUAGUCUCAUUUGUAACUGGUAUUGACAUUUUAAAAAACACCAAAGUGAUUUAAAAAAAUAUGGAACUUCUCACUCUAGUAACAAUAUGUUUAAAUCAUGUUGUUUGUUGAUUAAAUAUUUAAAACAUUGUUAACUUUUGCUAGAAUAUUUUAAAUCAUGAAAGUGUUGGGAAGGGGAUAUCAAAGUAUGAAAUUAUGUUAGUUUGUGUAUAUAAACGAUGCACAUUGAAACAACUGAAUUGCUUCCAGCAUACAACAAACUACCUUAAAAUUAUCUUUAAAAUCUAUUAAAUAUAUUUUCGUGGUUAAUGUCACUGAAAUAGUAUGUUUUCAUCAACUACAUCGUUGUGUUUAUCACAGUUAAACUUGGCAUCUCUUGGCAGGGUCCUAUUUGAUUUCAUUUGCCAUCAAAAUAUAUUUACAUGCUUGGUUCUUGACUUUAUUUUCUGUUAUAAACAUCUGUUGUGACAACCACAUACAUGGUAAUAAAUUGGGUAAGAAUACGAUGACUAAAAGUUGUUCUCAUGCCUAAUACUGGUCUUCAUGCAUUUAUCACACUUUUUUGAAAGACAGUAACACUCAUCCCAUGCAAUUGUUGUAUUUAAUUUAGGAUUUUUCUGUGAGUUCAAAUUGUUUGUAAGAACUUAUAGACUGUUAUAAGUAUUGAUUUUCAAAGACUAAAGAGUACAAGAGAUCAAGAAAAAAGCUUUUAAACUCAUUCUGCUUAAUUUUUGCUGUGCUCAUGAAGAUUACUGUAGUUUGUCACUAAAACAAAAUUAAAGUAAGUCUUGCUCUAGUGUUGAGUAACAAGAAUGAAUUUUGCAUUAAUGGUUUCUUUUUAUCUUUUUUUCAUUUGAACAACCAGCAUUACUGCCAAACACCAAUCGUGGUCCAUAUUUGUAACGGUUUUUAACAUGACAUAGUUAGCAAGUUUGAUUGAAGAGAUUUUUAGGUCCCGGGCCUAUAAGAUUUUAGUAUGAUCUUUUUUCAUGUUUCUAAUGCUUGAGGCAUUAUUGCUUAUCUUGGAAAAAAAAAAGACAGUGUUGCUGCCAUUUGUAAGUUUUCCUAUAAUAUUCCCUUUGUGAACUUUAAAACUGGCCUUACGGGGUUCAAAUAGGCAGUAUCCCUUUAAGUGACCUUUGCAACCCAAGUGUUACUUGCUUAUUUGAUGCUCUCUUGUAUUUUACAUCUCAUUUAAAUAUUUCUCUCCACCAAAGCUUACAUUUUAUGUCUUAAUUUAAAACCCUAAACUAUUCCAUUAAUCUUGUUAGUUGACAUUAAAGUGUCUAGAGGUACAGGGUCUGACCUAGUGGGAAAAAAAAAAAAGGAUGUCAUGGUUUUUUGUUUUUUUUUUAAUGUGUAGCAUAGAAUGAUUGCUUCACUUCCCCACAAUUUCAAAUAUUUUACAAUUAUCUGGAAUAUGUGUUAUUUUCCCAUAGCAAAAUGUUACUAUUGCUAAUAUUCCAUGUACAUUUCUGUAAAGAGCAAACUAAUAAAGCAAAAGUAUGAAAUUUCUUGAUUUCUUGAGAAAACUCCAGCAUUUUAAAGUUUUAGGCAACCUUUACCAACAGCUUCAUGUGCUUUAUUUCUAGUUCACAUGAGUAACUCAAAGAAAUUCUACUGAGACUAAUGGGAUACUGUCUUGUAUAGAUGCCAAUCAAGUUUACAGUGUGACCUGACAAAGCAGUCUUUUCUGUUGUGCUGUAUGAUUGUUGGAUCAUGCUAUUAGGGAUACUUUUAUUGAAAUGCUCAGUGUGCAUCCAUGCAAAAGGCCAAAUGGCUUUGUGAACAAAAGAUCUUUUCUCCCCUUUAUUAUGUUCUCUUGACACUUUUGUGGAAAUUAACUAGCCUGAUAAAAACAUUUUGUAAAAAUUUGUAUAAUAAUAUUAUAAAAAUAUUUAUAAUCCCAGAAAAUGUUGUGUUAAAUCUUGUGCAAAAACAGUAUAUUCAGAAUAAAAGUUUAUCAUUUAAAGUCA